AUGUUCUCUAAAUUUAGUUAAUAUUUUACAAAAAAGACUUUUGGUUAUGGAAGUUUAUCUUUGUUGAGCUUAGUAGGAAUCAACCACUAACUCUAAAAGAGUAAGACCACUGUUUAUUCUAAGGAAAAUGAUGAAAUUAACGUAUGUGUUACAGGAGCUGCUGGUCAAAUUGGAUAUGCUUUCUUACCUCUCCUUCUUACAGGAUAAUGCUUUGGAGAUAAAAAAAUAAAUCUUCGUUUGCUUGAUGUUCCAUAAGCAGAAUCGAUUUUGUAGGGAGUUGAGCUUGAACUUUAAGAUGGAGCUUACCCUCUCCUUAAAAGUAUUAAAACUGGCUCUAAUGAAAGUAUAUUGUUUUAAGAUGUUGAUGUAGCUGUCUUCAUAGGAGGUUUCCCAAGAAAGCCAGGCAUGGAAAGAAAAGAUUUACUCACUAUAAACGGAAAUAUUUUCAAGAAAUAAGGUUAAGCUUUAGAUACAGUUGCUAAAAAAACCUGCAAAUCUUUAGUAGUAGCCAAUCCUGCCAACACAAACUGUCUCAUUUUAGCAGAAACUGCUAAGAGCAUUCCAAAAUAGAAUUUCUCUGCAUUGACAAGAUUAGACCACAAUAGAGCUAUUAGUUAAAUUGCUCUUAAAGCUGGCUGCUCAAUAACUGAUGUAAAAAAUGUUAUCAUUUGGGGUAAUCACUCAACAACUCAAUAUCCAGAUGUAAAUCAUGGAACUGUCUUAGGAAAGAGAAUCAGAUAAUUUAUUAACGAUGAAGCCUAUUUAAAUAAUGCAUUUAUUGAAAGAGUGUAAAAAAGAGGUGGUGAAGUUCUUGCAGCUAGAAAAAAUUCCUCUGUUAUGAGUGCUGCUAAUGCUGUCAAAGAUCACUUGCAUGACUGGUAUUUUGGAACUAAGUCAGGAGAGUUUGUAUCAAUGGCUGUUUACUCAGAUGGCUCAUAUGGUGUUCCAAAAGGACUCAUUUUUUCUUAUCCAGUAACUUGUUCUAACUUUAACUAUAAGAUCGUAUAAGGAUUAAACAUUGAUGAAUUCUCUAAAGAGAAGAUAAGAAUUACAACUGAAGAACUUCUUUCAGAAAAGGCUGAUGCAUUUUCUGCUUGA